UGGAUAAACUAUUGUAAAUCUGCUGAUGUCACCAACAGUUACUGAUGUAGACUAUCUAGUGACAGCACAGUGGACAAAACUUUUCAUUCAAACUGUAUUUAAAUUAACUAUUACAACGUAAAAACAAACUUGUAGCAAUCAUUUUAACAUUUAAUUUCUGAAGAUUAACUGAAGACUUGGUGUUUCAUGAUCCACAGUGGUGUCACAACAGGAACCAUGAGUAUAAAUAAAUUUGUCAUCAGUACUUCUUUUUGUACUUUUUUUGUUUUCGUUUUAUAUAGUGAAAUUUGAAAAGAUGAGUUGUCAACAACAGCACAAAGAUGUCAGAAUGUGAUGUAAUAUUUUUAUUGUAUGUCACUUUAGUUUAUACAAGUAAUCUUAUUAAAUUAUGUGUUCUCACUGUUGAGAAGCCUGUUUUAUAGAACAUUCAAAAUGCAAAUGUUGACUAAUCAUUAUAGUUCAUACUGCAGUUAAAUAUAGAUUAAAUUAAUAAAAUUAUUUAGAGAUUAAAGAUGUUUGUUUUAUUCCUCUUCAGUCCACAUAAACCACCACCAGCCUGUUUAAACCAUGUAAACACAACACACACAGUUUCAGUUCAAACAGGUUUGACCUCCCCAAUAUGGCGCCGGGAAGUGUACACGUCGGCACCGGAAGUGGAUUGGCCCGCCGCGCAUGCGCGAUAGCUGUGGCCGGAUCCCUGUAAAGAUGUCGGAGCAGGCGGGGAGGGAGCGGAGCGGAGGACCCGAGACGACAGCAGAGAACCCGUAACCGUCUGCUGUUCACCGGUCAAGGUUCAUGUGAUUCUGACGAGCAGCAGAAAUGUCCAAUAACAGCCAAGGACCUGUGAAGGGGGAGGCAGCCACACUGGGGUCUCCUUCUGGCUCCACCUCCUCCCAGGGACCACCCCUUUCUCCAUCCACUACCUCCAAAUCACCUGAGCUUCCAGAUGAGCUGGUCCAGGCUGGAUGGUCCAAAUGUUGGUCUCGGAGGGAGAACCGGCCGUACUACUUCAACAGAUUCACCAAUCAGAGCUUGUGGGAGGUGCCAGUGCUGGGUCAGCAUGAUGUCAUCUCCGACCCGUUGGGUCUGAACGCAGCUCCAGCAGAGGGGGCAGACGCUACUCUUGGAAAUGGUCAGAGGAAGAGGCGGAGCUCUGAGGAGCAGGGGGCGGGGCCUAACAGUUUCAAGCGUACAAAGGUGGAGCCGAGCACACCCAUCUCUCCCAGUACUCCUGGGGUCAAACCCUGGAGCUCCGCCCCUGAGGACAAACAGGCCCAGACGGCCACACCCCCAACCCCAACCCCAAGUCCAGCCCCCUCGCCGGCCCCCUACAGACCAGCUGUGAUCUACUGGGAUCUGGACGUACAGACCAACGCUGUGAUCAGAGAGAGACCCCCCACCAACCAUCUGCCCCCCCACCCUGAGAUCGAGCUGCAGAGGGCCCAGCUCGUCACCAAGCUGAGGCAGCAGUACCACGAGCUGUGCCACCAGAGAGAAGGUUGUCUCGCAUUAAGUACAAAGAGGAGGCCCGGAAGCUGCUGUUUAAAUACGCUGAAGCUGCCAAGAGAAUGAUUGACUCCAGAAAUGUGAGUCCAGAGAGCAGGAAGGUGGUGAAGUGGAACGCAGAGGACACCAUGAACUGGCUGCGCAGAGAUCACUCAGCCAGUAAGGAGGACUACAUGGAACGCCUGGAACACCUGAGGCAGCAGUGUGGACCUCAUGUUGCUGCUGUGGCUAAAGACUCUGUGGAGGGAAUCUGCUCCAAGAUCUACCAGCUGUCAGCUGAAUACAGCCGCCGCCUGCGACAGACACACCUGAGCCUGCUGCAGGACCCGCCCACAGAGGUGUGUGCGUCGCCGCCGCAGCCCCGCCUUGUUUACUGUUACCCUGUUCGUCUAACGAUGUCGACGCCUACCCUCCCCCGGGUGGAACUGCACUUUGAGAACGACAUGGCCUGUCUCCGCUUCAAAGGAGAGAUGGUGAAAGUCAACAGAGGACACUUCAGCAAGCUGGAGCUCCUGUACAGGUACAGCUGUAUAGACGAUCCUCGCUUCGAGAAGUUCCUGUCCAGAGUCUGGUGCCUUCUGAAGAGAUACCAGGUGAUGUUUGGCAGCAGCGCUAAUGAAGGGACAGGCCUGCAGGGGGCGCUGCCGGUGUCUGUGUUCGAGGCGCUCAAUCGUCAGUUCGGUGUUACCUUCGAGUGUUUCGCCUCACCGCUCAACUGCUACUUCAAGCAGUUCUGCUCCGCCUUCCCUGACAUCGACAGCUUCUUCGGUUCCAGAGGGCCCUUCCUGUCCUUCAGUCCAGUCAGUGGCUCGUUUGAAGCAAACCCUCCGUUCUGUGAGGAGCUGAUGGACGCCAUGGUCACGCACUUUGAGGACCUGUUGGACCAGUCCUCUGAGCCUCUGUCCUUCAUCGUUUUUGUCCCUGAGUGGCGCGACCCGGUGACUCCAGCUCUGACCCGCAUGGAGGGAAGUCGGUUUCUGCGACACCAGCUGAACAUCCCCGCCUACGAGCACGAGUACCGCUCUGGCAGUCAGCACGUCUGUAAGAGGGAGGACAUGUACUACCGGGCAGUACACGGAACCGCAGUACUCUUCCUGCAGAACCAGGCAGGAUUCACAAAGUGGGCUCCGACACCAGAGCGCCUGGCUGAGCUGACCGCAGCGUACCGCCCGUCUUUGUCCCGCACCUCGUCCCUGUCGUCCCCUGGCCCCGCCCACACAGCUACUGGAGAGAGAGACUCCGCCCCCAAGCCUUCUGAAAGGACACAGAGCGGCGUGACGUCGUCUGACAAUAACAACAACAAUGGCAGCGACAGUGGCAGCCCUCAGGACAAGCUGUCUGCUGUGUAGAGGGGCGGGGCUUGCUCUGACCACGCCCACAUGUGUAUAUAUAUAUAUAUAUAUGUGUGUGUUUUUCAACAUCACAGCACCUGUAGCACCUCAUACCUGCCACAGACUGGGGGCGGGGCCUCAUUUAAUGUUCACCACGUCUUUUUAAUGUGUCGACUGUUUGGACUGGUUUAAGAUCUACAGGUGUGUCAGCUGUUGCUAAGCAACAAGUCAGCAGGAAGCAGUCGCAGCUCCAGCAAGAAAAACUCACCUGUGAUGUCAGGUGACUCUGAGCAGGGCUCUGAUUGGUCCCCACACCCACGCAGCUUGGUGAUUGUUUGACAAGGCAGCUAUCUGUUUUUAUAGGUCCCGCCUCUAGUCCCGCCUCCUCUGCAGGAAGGAGAGGGUGGAGUCAGAGCUGGAAUCAGACUGGUGAGAGGGUGGAGCCACGAAUGGGGGCGUGGCUUCAGGUGCAGCCCUGCUUUGCUUCUGGGCUGAACAUUAUUAUUGUUUUAGUUUAAUUUUUCCUGUGUGAAGUGGCCACGCAGAGCUAAAGUUUAAAUGUUUACAUUCUUGUGUUUCUGCUGGUUUGAGGAGCACCUGGCCCACCUGGUCAGGUAGAAUACACGUUUUUAAAACACAUCUUUUAAAGGCCUAGAAAUCAAUCUCUCAUUUGUGUAAAGAUAAAGCCCCAACGCUGUGCACAGAGGAAAUCAUUUUUCAUCACAAACAUCAGUCCUGCAGACAGACGACCUCCAGGAGAUCAAUGCUGAGUCAGCAGGAAGUGACUUUGAGUUGUUCAGAUUCAAUCUGAGUUCAGAAAUUUAAAAUAUCGGUUUGAGAAUAAAUAUAACUGAAUCAAAACUGAA